GGGGCGGACACGUCAGGGGCGCCGACCACGUGAGCAAAGCGGGCAAAACGGUGACCCAGCCCGGAACCCGGGGAAAGUGCGCGGAACGUACCUGUUGGAGGGGCUGGCUGGACUCGAACCUGGUACCUCCGGGAAAUGGCAGCAGCCAGGGCUAGCCUGGGCCGGAUCCUCCCCGAGUCCUCCAUCCUGUUCCUGUGUGACAUGCAGGAGAAGUUUCGUCCCAGCAUUGCCUACUUCCCACAGAUCGUGUCAGUGGCCGCUCGGAUGCUAAAGGUGGCCCGGCUUUUGGAUGUCCCUGUCUUGCUGACGGAGCAGUACCCACAAGGCCUGGGCCCCACAGUUCCGGAGCUGGGUGCUCAGGGCAUCAAGCCAGUGAGUAAGACGUGCUUCAGCAUGGUGCCCACCUUACAGAAGGAGCUGGACAAGCGGCCCCAGCUGCGGUCUGUGCUGCUCUGUGGCAUUGAGACCCAAGUCUGCAUCUUGAACACCGUCCUGGACCUCCUGGAGCGGGGACUGCAGGUGCAUGUGGUGGUGGAUGCCUGCUCUUCCCGAAGCCAGGUGGACCGGCUGGUGGCGCUAGCCCGCAUGAGGCAGAGCGGGGCUUUCCUCUCCACCAGCGAAGCGCUCAUUCUGCAGCUUGUGCGGGACGCUGCCCACCCCCAGUUCAAGGAGAUCCAGAAGAUCAUUAAGGAGCCAGUCCCAGACAGCGGGCUGCUGGGCCUCUUCCAAGGUCAGAACCCCUUCUUGCUGAACUCCAGACCCUGACUUGAGACGGAAGCAUCAUUUUCCCUCAGCUUUGAAUCCCAGGAGUCCACCCAGAGACCUGCCCUGUGGGAGGGGAGGGUGGUU